CCGUUAUCGAGGACCAUGCAACUGGUCCCCUCCAUAGAAACCGGUAGCCCCAACAAUUACACCGUCCAACCUAUGGGACAGGUGAAUAUAAAGGCAGCCAGACGAGCGUGGCGGCUAUUAGUGUCCGUCUGCGUCCGACGACCGGUUCUGACUCUCGAGAGUCUAGUAAAUCGUCUGGUUUCAUCAGCUGAUCGACCAGCCACUUGCGUCCGAGUGAACCUGAUACUGAUUCACCCACGAGGUUAUAGGACAUCCAGUGUCGUCCAAGGGACCAAGGACUGUGAUUUCAGAAGAGAGGAAACUUUGAAAAUGAAGAGACAGAGAGACAGAAUCUGGCUGAUACUGGUGCUGGUCUUAAGUCCGAUGGUGUUGGUGGACAGCUCAUGGCCUUCGUGCGUUGGAAAAACCAUGCUAAGAUCCAGCGGUUUAUCCUGCGAGGAGAAGCAGGCCAUCUUAGACGAGCAUAAUCGGCUGAGACAGCUGGUGGCUUUGGGGCAGAUUCAUGGACAGCCGAGCGCCGCGAAUAUGAGGGAAAUGGUCUGGGACGACGAAUUGGCGGCGAUCGCGCAGAGAUGGGCGAACAGGUGCACGGAGAUCCACGACAAUUCCAGAAACGUUCGUAGGUUCGCAGUGGGGCAAAAUAUCGCUUGGACAUGGACAACGAGACCUCCGGGACCGUUCGACGACGAACCGAACUGGAGACAGAGGAUCACGGAUUGGUUCAACGAGGUGCAACAUUAUCGAGCCGGUUACAGCGACGCCACUGGGCACUACACUCAGAUCGUCUGGGGCGACACGUACCUCGUGGGCUGUGGAUACUCCUUCUACUACGACCCGGCUCGAGGCUACACCAAGUAUUACGUCUGCAACUACGGGCCCAGUGGCAACGUGCUAGGCUUUCAACCCUAUCAAUCAGGCCAGCCUGCUUGCGGCAGCUACGGGAUGGUUUAUUCGAAUCGAUACGCCGGACUUUGCUCUGGACAAAAUUACUACCACCUGGGUGCCCUCUGUCCAUAUGGGCGAUAGGACAGUAGGAAAAAUGGAACGAUCGUGUUGAUAACGUGACUUUGAAGGAUAAAAGUUGAAGAAAGCGAACACUGCGUCGUGUCUGAUCGUUGGAUAUUAUUUAAAAUAUAGUUCAUUGUUUCUAGUCCGUAACAAUUAGGUUCUAAUCGCGUUCGAAGAAGGAAAAAAUAGCGAACGUUUUAGGAAGUUAAUUAGGUUGCUCGUAGAUUAUCAUGUACACCGGCUGUAACGGAGGAAACUCGUUAAACCGAGAUCCGAUAAGCCGCGUUACAAAACCUCGUUGAACGUGUUAAACAAAAUUAAUUGGAAAGCGAAAUCGAUCCCCAAUUUUCACGGGAUUCGGGGAUAUUGGAGUAUCAGUGAAGGCUCUAAUCAGAUUUUGAUUAAAAAUGAAAAAAUAAAAAGUUAACAAACAUUUCACCCGACAACAAAUAAAAAGUAACUGAACCGAUUGUUGAAAUUUUCGUCUAUGAAGGUAAUUUCAAAUUCACAUGUCCAAGGCACCAGGAUUUUUACAACAUUUCGGGACACCGUGGGAUAAUAAAGGUCCCAUAAAACAUCCAAUACCGGGUCGUUUAAGCGAAUACUAAAAUAUUCCAAGCAUUAUAUCCAACGUGUUGUUUUCCCCCAUAAACGUGGCCCCAUGCAAUCUUUAUAAGCGCGAGUUGCUUCCUGCAUCCUGUUGCCGGAACAGGAAUCUCUUUAACGUCCAAACUUAUGGUGUGUUUCUAUGUUACACCGAGUUCCAGGACUCUGCAGAAAAUUUGUUAAACACACAAUCUCUCUUUAGAGAGAUUAAAAAAAAAAAAA